AUGGGAUCUAUUUGUGCAAAGGAUAAAACAAACAAAAUUAUCAUCAAAAGCAAUGCAAAACCUGGAAAUACACCAACUCCUAAUGUUCCACCAAAAACCAUGAAUACAUACAAAUAUGUUGGUGAAGAGUUUCAAUAAGAAAUUGAAAAAAAUGAUCCAUCUUAUUCUCAGAAAUAAUAAAGGUGGAAUCAAUACUACCAAAAGAAAUAUGAUCUAAUGAAUGAUGCGAAUUAUAGUGCUUUCUUAAAAAGAUCACCAUCGAUUGAGUAAUUAUAAUAACAGACUAAUGAAGAUGAUCAAUGCAAAGAGCCGAAAUUAAAUUCUAACAAACAGUUUUCUAAGAAAUUAAUAUUGUAGCUAGCAUAACAACUUGGCGGUCCUUUCAAAUUGACAAAUCAAGAUAUUAUAGAUGCUUAUCUUCUAAAAGAAAUCAAUAACGAAGAUUUUAAAAACAUUCUUAUGGAUGGAGCUAUUUCCAAAUACAGAUGGAAUUUUUGGAUGGCACAAGUUUAUAGGAACUAAGAUUAUGAUCCACAUCUUUAUUCAAAAUUGAAAAAUGAAACUCCAUCCCAAAAAGUCCUCGAAGAUAUAUCCAAGGAUGUCAAUAGAACUUUUCCUUCUCAUGAUCACUUCAAAGACAACAAUUAAGGUUAGCAAUAAUUAUUAUCAGUUCUCAAAGCCCUUUCCAUUCUCAAUGAGGAUAUUGGAUAUGUAUAAGGAAUGAAUUAUAUAGUUGGGUUCUCUUUAAUUGUCAGUGGAGGUAAAGAGGAAGAAGUCUUUUGGCUUAUCCAUUUCAUUAAUACCAAUCCUCUCUUCUUAUGGUGGGAAAUAUAUAGAGUCAACUUUCAUUACACCAAAGCUUUGUGUCAAGUCUUCUUAAAAAAUUUUAAUGAAUAACUCCCAGGUCUUUAUCAGCAUUUCUAAGAUGAAGGAAUAAGUGAGUAAUAAUACAUAUGGUAAUGGAUUUUAACCUAGUUUUUAUAUACAUUCCCCAUUGAUAAUGUGAUUUACUUUUGGGAUUUUAUAUUAGCAACUGAUAUCUUUUCAAUCAUUAAAAUUAGUAUAGCAUUACUUAAAGAAUUUGGAUAUGAUUUACUCAACAAAGAUAUAGGUUAAAUUUCGGAAUUUUUUACUGGGUUAAUUAAAGAUCAAUUAUAGAUAGACAUUCCACAAAUAAUCAAUGCUGCAAAAUUGAUAGUUGUAAAUAUGACUGAUGACUAAAAACAAUUCUUUAAAAAUUAUAAACCUUAAUCAUCUACUUGA